AUGGGAUUGUGGUUCUAUUUUCUAUCUUCUAUUUCUCUAUACCUUUUCCUUCAAGCUUUUCUCAAUGUCAUCCGCAACAAGAGACUACCACCAAGCCCUCCUACCAUACCCUUAUUAGGUAACAUUUUCUGGCUCCUUAAGUCGUCAAAAAAUUUUGCUGUCCUCGAACCUGUCCUUCGAUCUUUACGUUCCAAGUAUGGCAACAUUGUUACCAUUCACAUUGGGACUACACCUUCCAUUUUCAUAACAUCCCACGAAGCUGCUCAUCGAACACUUGUUAAAAAUGGCACUGUCUUUGCUAGUCGCCCCUCAGCUCUUCAAACCAUCAAAGUCUUCUUCCCUAAUCUAUACACCGUUAGUACUUCUCCUUAUGGUCCCAUUUGGCGGUUUUUACGUCAAAACGUCAUGCAAGUUAUUCAACCUUCUCGAUUAAAUUCAUAUUCUCAUUGCCGUAAGUUGGCGUUAAAUGUAUUCAAGAAACAUCUUUUAGCUGAUAUUGAAUCAGGCAAUAAUAAGGGCAUACCAAUUUAUGAUCAUUUUAAUUACACAAUGUAUGUUUUACUUUCUUAUAUGUGUUUUGGAGAUAAACUUGAUGAGAAAACUGUUGAGAAUAUUCAAAGGGUACAACAUAGUUUACUUCACAAUUUCAUUCGGUUCAAUGUCCUGAAUUUUCUACCAGUCUUUUUAACCAAGAUUUUGUUUAGAAGACUAUGGAGAAAGAUCUUGGAAAUUCGUCAAAGUCAAGUGAGUGUCUUCCUCCCUAUAUUAAAAGCACGACAUGAGAAAAUGAAAAGCAAGGUUGGUGUUGGUGUUGGAAACGAAGUAGAAACAGAGUUUGAGGCUUAUGUUGAUACCCUUUUUGAUAUGAAACUCCCAGAUAGUGGAAGCAAGCUAAAGGAUGAAGAGUUGGUGAGUUUGUGUGCUGAGUUUAUCUUAGGCGGCACUGACACAACAGCUACCACGUGGUUGUGGGCCAUGGCAAAUUUAGUGAAGCAUCAAAACGUACAAGAGAAACUCUUUGAUGAAAUUAAGAAAGUUGUGAAACAUGGUGAAGACAUUGAAGAGGAACAUUUGAAAAGGAUGCCUUAUUUGAAGGCUGUGGUGUUAGAGACCCUGCGGCGACAUCCACCAGGUCACUUUAUAUUGCCUAGGGCAGUGACGCAAGACACUGUGAUAGAUGGUUAUGAUAUACCUAAAAAUGCAAUGGUGAAUUUUCUUGUGGCUGAAAUGGGGUGGGAUCCAAAUGUGUGGGAAGAUCCAAUGGAGUUUAAGCCUGAAAGGUUUUUGAGGCAUUGUGAAGGUGAUACUAAAUUUGAUCUAAAAGGGUUUGCGGAGAUUAAAAUGAUGCCUUUUGGUGCUGGAAGGAGAGUUUGCCCAGCAAUUAGUAUGGCACUGCUGCACCUUGAGUACUUUGUGGCCAAUUUGGUAAGGGAUUUUAAAUGGACACUUGAAGAUGGGUGUGAGGUUGACUUGAGUGAGAAUCAGGCUUUCACUAUUGUGAUGAAGAAUCCGUUGAGACCAUGUGUGUCUCCAAGAAUCACUUGA